ACAUUUUCCGGCGAUUACUACGAAAGUACGCAGCUUUAUACACAACUUUUAUUAAACAAACAUACGACAAAUACUGCAUGACUAUCAACGUGAAAUUCUUUACGAAAAACUCCAUCUUCAGUUCGUUAUGAUAUAAAGCAGUUCCACAGGUUUGUUUGUUUUUUUUUAAUCCAAAAAUGUUCCAGACAAAAAUGGCAGGGUUCAAAGUGACGAAAGACUAUUGGUUUUUAGAAAUAGUUGACGGGACGUGUUUCUAUGACGCUUCAAAGACAACAAAGCAGAAAGCUGUGCAUGGAUGGUCUUUGCACUAGUUGGAGUUGGCGAACAUUGAAUUAAUGUUGGCCGUUAUAUGCUAGAACCAGAAGUUAUUUCAUAUAUGUGAUUCUGUCAAUCACAAAUACACAAUAAAUAGCUGAACGAAUAAGCAUAUUCAGAAAUGGCGUCAAGAUCCAAGACAGAUGAUGUCGAAGAUGAACACUUUGGCAGCAUCAUGGGAGGGAUGAACAAUCUAAGAAAAAAUGGCACUCUGUGUGAUGUGUGCUUGGUGGUUCAGAGCCAACAGUUUCCUGCCCACAGAAUAGUGCUGGCAGCUGCCAGCAAAUUCUUCAGGCUCAUGUUUACCACCAAUAUGUUGGAGUCCAAGUCCUACGAGGUGGAACUCAGUAGUGUCGACCCCGAGAUCAUUGAACUGCUGUUAGAAUAUAUCUACACAGCUGAGGUUCCAGUGGAUAUUAGCAAAGUCCAGUCUCUGAUGGAAGUUGCCAAACAAUACCAGAUUAAAUGUCUCACGAACGUGUGUGUGGAGGUCCUCAAAAAACAGACGGCUGCCAGAAGACGCUCAGGUGUUGGAAAGGUUUAGUUGGAUUUGUCUCUGGAGACCCUGAAGGCAUCGACCAUCCCAUGAUGGUCAUCUGUUCCUCUCAACGAGACGGCAUUCGCUUUUCUCAUUUAGACAGUCGGCCCUCGUCAGUGAAGAGGUAGCAGCCAGCAGUGGACAAUCCCCUCCACGUGUUGACAUGCCAGCUGUGUUUAUGCGCCCAUGAGACUAAAAGCAUAAAUAUCCUGCUCAUCAUAUAAACAGUUUGCUGAUCAUCGUUUCUUCAUUAAUAAAGAGUGAAAUGAAGCUGA